UUAGGAGGUCGUCCUCUGCCUGAUGGUCCCGGAACAGGCAUCACUCGAUGCUCGACGAUCUGGUCAAUGUCCACUUCGCCAUCCAUGGUUGGGGGCAGCAUUGAUCUCCGAGAGGGAAACUGCGCUGUAGCAGCGAAAGAUGCCAACUUGGAAGCAUGGAAUAUAGGGGUAUUCUUUGUCAUGGCGCGGGGUGCGUCCUCCAGUUCGGCAUCGACAUUUCUGUCGGAAGACGUAUACAGGAAUUACGACUACUCGAGUCAUUAUCCGGGCCAGCCGAAGCGGCCGUCGGACGAUGAGCUUUUAGAAGUGUGUGGCGAGCGUUUGGGUGAUGAGUCUGGGGUGAGAUGGUCGUUUGACGAAAUGUUGCAAUUGUUGUACAUGAAGCAGCAGGAAGUGAAUGCUUUGAAAAUGUUGCUUGACCGGCAAGAGAAAGAGCAUGUGGAGGCGUUGGAAAGGAUGUUGAACGGGAUCAGGUUGGGGCCGUGCGAGGGGGCAGGGGGUAGAAAGAGGGCGAAGCAAGAAGAGAAGGGGGCCGACAGGAAAAGAGGAGCAGAUAUGGCCGUAGAGAACGUUGAACUUGGAACGCAUGUGGAUGAAAAUCUGAAGUUAGUGGAUGAAAAUCUGAAGUUGCGCUCGAUUUACAACGUUCGCUGUCAUACGCUGGGAUCACUGAGGGACAUGGUGGUGAACCUGCACAGCAACAGGGACGGGUCACUGUUGCAAAACAUGAUUCGUUGGAGGGAGAGGGCGGUAAGUUUAGAUAUCCAGGUUAGAAAGUUGUUGACCAUAUCUGACACCCGUAGGGACAUCUGUGUGCUUGCCAGUGCGUUGUUCAAACAUCCGACGGAGAGUACAAUGCGGGAGAUUGAAAAGAGGGAUGCGUUGAGUGCUGUUAGGUGUCUGGAGUGGCUGGCUGAGACGUUUCUGCAGAGGGCGAUAAUGGCUGAGGUGCAAACUGCGCUCAACUUCCCGUUGACAAAGCACCAGGAAGAGGGUACUAUGGAGUGUCUGUUCAACCUGUUGCUUCGGUCAAUGCGAUCCCGCCAGCGUUUGGCAUAUAUGAUUUCCGCGGAACAGUCGGUAACGGAGGAUUACAAACUCACCCGACAACAGGCAGCGGAUUUGGUACGUAUGAAGUCAGUGCUAGGUCAGAGUCUGCUUCUUUCCGCGCAGGGACGGCAUGCAACGGAAGGUGAGAAAAAGGAGAUUGGAAGCCUGAUUGUGGAGUUGUUGCUGCUGCAAAAGUCGCAUGCAAAGCUGCAAAAAGAGUAUGCUUACCUGCUUGUCCUUCGCUGUCUGGAACGGCGUGCACAUUGUCCGAAGUGCGGGUGCACAUUGGACGAAAUACGGCCACACGAUGCGGAGGCAAGGAAAACGAGAUGCGAGAAGAUCCGGGAGCGGAUCCUUGAGGUGAACAACGCGCAGGGGCGGAGUGUGCAAGGGGCGCGACCAAGUUAUUCGUUGGAGUCGUCGUUGGAGUCAAAAUUCAGAGGGAGGGAAGUGCGCAAUGCGCUGCGGGAAUACAGAAAAUCCAUAGUCGAGACGGAAGCGAGGCUACGGAUUAUUGACACAGAGCGCACAGAGUUUGUGGACGACAUGUACGCCGAGGUUGUGAUUGGUGGUGACGUUGUGAUCGAUCGCCAGUCGGGGGAGGGUUUCCUAGUGUAUGAUGCGAUGGCACGCGUGCGUGAGGAGGACGACAUGCCUGGUUUGAUUCCGGUGUUUUAUGACGGGGAGGAUGAGCGUGCUGGGACCGGGAAUGUGCGAACUGGGAGCGGCUCCGUGGGUGUUGGGACGGGGCCCGUGGAAACUGAGAGUGGGUCCGUGGGAACUGGGAGUGGGUCCGUGGCUGCUGGGACCGGGUCCGUGGGAGCUGGGAACGGGUGGGUGGUUGCUGGGACUGGGUCUGUUGCUGUUGGGACCGAGGGCAGGAACCUUCUUCCCCGCAAUGAACGUUGCGCACCCUUCGCUGUCGUUACGAUUGCGGAAAAAAACACAUUGUCCUCGGAUAGCGUUGUGCGACAUUCGAGUAUUCGACUAGGUGAGAACGAGUGCAGGGUUCCCACGGGUGCAACGGCUCAUUGGCGUGGUGGGAAGGUGUUGGACACGGUGCGCUCUCUGCCCCGCGGCCAUGCGAGUUUCGUAGAGGAACGGGGGCGCGAAUGGGCAUUGAACGAGGAUUUAGGACGGACACAAGGACAGUGGGCUGCCCUGUCUGAAGCGCCGAGUCGUAGUUACGACUUUGGUGCUUGCCACGGUUGGCUCGACGGGGGGUCUCUCGGGGGUGUCGUGCCUGUGCGUUCCUCGGUGACGUGGCCCGGUACCGGUAACGUAGCUUUCGAAUCAGGGGAGGCUGGCGGAGUCGCUCCGGAUGUUGACUCAACGGUCUUUGGAGACAGACGCGUAUUUCAGCUUCCACUGGAAAUGGAGCGGGAGGCGUCGUGUGUGCCGCAAAGUGUGCGAGCUGCCUGCUCUGCGGCUGGCAACCUCGACGGGCUCGAUCCGCAGGGGAAGUCUGUGCCUGUUGAAGGUCGGGUGGGGGGGGGGUCGUGCGAAUCUGUGCGGAAGGAGAGGGUGAGUGAUGGUGCUGUGAGUGGCGACAACUCAGGUCGCUCGGUUGGACGGGGGUUGGCAUCGAGCGCGGCCACUACGCGUGCGGCGCGACGGUUGAGAGUAUCGAGCCGGCGAAAGCGCAGGGCGUGGACACUCGGCGAGGCGGGCGUUAUGCGGACUUCGGGCGAUGGUCCUGUGAGUGGUGACAAUUCAGGUCGCUCGGUUGGACGGGGGUUGCCAUCGAGCGCGGCCAAUGCGCGUGCGGCGCGACGGUUGAGAGUGUCAAGCCGGCGAAAGCGCAGGGCGUCGACACCUGCCGAGGGCGGCAGCCGGGAGCCCCCAGAGUGUCCAGAUGCGCCUUGGGGUUGCCAGCGACGGAGAGAAGAAAGGCGUAAGGGGGACGACAACGCUGUUGUUAGAAGCGAGGUCCCUGUAUCGGAAAGAGGAUUGCCACGGUCAAGCGUGCAGGUGUGCGGUUCCGACUGCCGGUCCGACUUGGAAAGACAUGCGUCUGCCAUUGUGGAAGGGGGCGAGGGGGCCGAGGAACGUCACGUCGAUACUGGAAGUCGUUCCGGGGUGGACGUAGGGGGGUUACGUUUCGGGUCCAUGUCCGGUGUCUGUUGUGUAGCUGCCAACUCCGACGGGCUCGAUGCGCGGGGGCAGUCUGUGCCUGUUGAAGGUGGGGUGGGGGCGGGGUCGUGCGAACCUGUGCGGAAGGAGAGCUCGAGAUUGUCACGACGACAGCGCAGUCUUAUAUCUCAAUUUGUCCGACUAAAGCCGCCGGCUUCAGCGGGCGUUGUGCGGACUUCGGGCGAUGGUCCUGUGAGUGGUGGCAACUCAGGUCGCUCGGUUGGACGGGGGUUGGCAUCCAGUGCGGGCAUUGCGCGUGCGGUGCGACGGUUGAGAGUGUCGAGCCGGCGAAAGCGCAGGGCGUCGACACCUGGCGAGGGCGCCCAACACCGGUCGGACUUGGAAAGACAUGUGCCUGCCAUUGAGGAAGGGGGCGAGGGGGCCGAGGAACGUCACGUCGAUACUGGAAGUCGUUUGGGGGUGGACGUAACAGUGUUACAUUUCGGGUCGGUGUCCCGCGCAUCCGAUGCGGUGGCUGGUGCGGUGCCGCCGCGGUUGCCUCUCCUGUGUUCUGCUGCUUUCCGUUGCGCGAUCGUGAACCAUGCGCGGAUCUUCGGCAACGCGGGCACCGUCGAUCCAUACAGCCUCGGGGAACGUUCCCCUUGCCAACAUUGCGGUGCUCUGCUUUGGAGGCAUGAGCAUGCAUGGAAAACGAUUUGCUGUAAACAAGGCAGGACGAAGUGCCGAUUGUGGGAGAUGCCGGAGGCAGGAACUGCGACACACUCGGUGUUGUCGCUGUGGACAAAGGACACUCGCGAGGGCAGGCUUUUGAGGGCAAAUUCGCGUAGGUUCAACAACGCGUUGUGCCUCGUGUCUGCGCAUAUGAGGAAAGCGGAGCAGGGAUUGCGAGGAUUCGAAGGGCAGUUGAAGAUCCAAGGGCUUGUGCACCACUGUCUUGGGCCCUUGGAGCCCGAGCCUGGCCAGAAGCCGCAAUUCGCACAGAUGUACAUUUACGAACCUGUUGACGUGGAGGCUGUUACGGACAUGCGAGUGGACACGAUGCGCCUUCCCGACAACACGACAGAGUGCGAGAUCCGCGCAAUUCGGCAGUUGGUUGCUCGCCUUCACGGACUUCUGCUGCAAUGCAAUCCGUAUGUGCGUGACUUUAUAACGUAUCACGAGAUGCCUGGUGCGCACCGGGACGGGGUUAGGAUUGUUAUUAACCCCCACGCGCGGCCACGCGGUGAGCAUGAACGGCGGUACAACAAACCGGAAGGCUUGCUAGAGUUGUGCGUGUUGAUUUCGGAAAGUUGUUGCCGGGUGAGGUGGAGACUACCCGACACUUCGAAAGGGAACCCCAACAGCAUCACCGCCAAACAAUUUUAUGCGUUCCAUCUGCAUGAGAGGUGUGGCGAGCGUACCACCCUGCUUUGCGCGAAGCGAUUGCUUCAAGAGUACUGCUGCAUGGCAUACGCCAAGGUUGAGACUCAUCGCUUGAACUACUUGGAGUUCAACCAGGAGAAAAUGCGAUGCGAACGGUACAAGGAGCUGCGGAGAGCUGUCCAGCAGAAUGAGCAUGGGGACGGUGUGGGGACGAAGGUCUUUCUGCCUUCGACCUCCACGGGCGGGCCCCGUUACAUGGCCGAGAAGUAUUACGACGCCAUGGCCGUUGUUCAAAAGCUCGGGAGGUACUCGAUAGGGGCCAAAAACUGUCCAAUCCGGAUGCUGUGGAUGAAGCGAUAUCUGCGGAGAUACCGCCGGAUGGAGAGCUUCGUGAGAAGGUGACGAUCCCUCCAUUUCUUUGCUCAGCUUCGGUCUCCAUCACCACGUCUCACCACUUCUACGACCUGCUUCUUCUCCCACUUGCUACUCUACCCUCACGCUAAAAUGUCUCCGAAGAAUCGCGGUGCUGCCAAGGAUCCUCACUCUUUGCUUGCUAAGUCUAUCGAGGAGGAGGAAUCUUUACGUUGGUGGAUUGCCGAACUCAACGAGAAGCUGGUUAAGCUUCGCUCCCGUGGCUACGACGACACACACGUCCGAUGGUUGCGUGUGGAGGAAAAGAUUGACGAGGCUGAAGAAAAACGUCUGCGAGCCGCAAGCAGAGCUGAGAGGAUGCGCAACAUCAUUGAUGCCGGUGAUAUUGAUAGCGAUGCAGAUUAUCGUAGUGGAGAUGAAUGGAUAGAAGAGCAAGAAGAGGCAUCAGACUCUACCGAUCGGUGGAUACAGACUACGCUGACGCUGACGAUGGCACAGAUGCCAUUUUUAGUAACCACUGAGGCAAGCCAAUAUGGCAUUGGCGCAGUGUUGCCUCAACAGGAAGGGAAAAAGUUAAGGCCGAUCGAGUACAUGAGUAACAAGAUGCCAUCCAAGAAAUUGGCGAAGUCCACCUAUGAAAGGGAACUCUACGCCCUCUACAAGGCACUUGUCCACUGGAGGCACUAUGUAACUGACAAGUUUGUGAUGGUGGAUGGGUUGCUCUUUCUUGAGAGGGCAGGGUUCAAGAGACUAGUUGUGCCCUCUAGAGAGAUUUUGCGUAGUUUAUUUUUAGGUGAAUGCCAUGAUGCAACAGGACACUUCGGCUACAAGAAGACUAGUGCUAACUUGGUACAGCGAUUCUGGUGGCCUAACAUGCUUGACGAUGCAAAGACCUACGUUCAGACUUGCCAAGUCUGUCAGCGGUAUAAGCCGCGAACUCAAGCCCCGCUUGCGUUAUUAAAGCCUUUACCCAUUCCUGCCGGUCCGAGACAGAGUGUUUCCAUGGACUUCAUGGAUACCCUCGUGACCAGCAAGAGUGGCAACAGGCAUAUCUUCAUUAUAGUUGAUAGGUUCACUAAGUACACUAGACUAAUCGCCAUGCCUGAGACUGCCAGGACUAAGCACGUCAUCAAGUUAUUUAUGGAUAACUGGGUCGCUCGACAAUUGGUACAGUAUGAGCAAGUGCGGCGAAGCCGUGGUAUCAGAAAACGGUCGUGGCAGGGUGAGCAAGGUCCGGAGAUGGUUGCCGAAGAUGGGGAUCUUUUGGCAGAGGUGUGCCAGCUGUAUGAUCUUGUCAGACUAGAGACUGAUGAGGAGAAGCAGCGGAAAGAAUCGAUGAGAGAAGAGGCAAGACGGACGGCUGAAGAAGCGGCAAAGGAGGAAGAGGCAUUACGUAGAUUCUUGCCUCUUCUGAAGCAAUACGUUCCUGGGGCAGCUAUGGAGAUUGAAGGGAGCAUAAGAGAGAGAACUGUGAUGGUGGAACCAAGGAAUGCGGAAUUAAGCGACGAAGAAUAUGUGUAUGAUGUGUAUGCGGAAGAGACCAUCAUAGAAGAUGCGAGUGACAGCAAAGAAUUCCCGCUGUCUCAGCAGCUGGAACAGAAUCUGGUUCAUCACCUCAGCCUAUCCGUUCGCUUUAGAAUGUCUGCCAGAUGUGAUGUCCAAGCGAGAAUGGAGAUAGUCAUUGUAGUAGGACUGCCACUCAUCGAUGCAGAAUCGUGGGUGUCCAUGGGCACUCACCCACCUCUCAAAGAAGAUCUCUGGGAUCAGAGAAACUCUUGCCUUGGCUGGCGAAGGAAUGAACUCCGCGUACUUAGAAAACCGAUCAAUGCAGACCAUGACCUGUCUCAUCUGAGGGGUGACCUUGUCGAGGUUAAUGAAGUCAACGACACUGACUUGUCAGGCCCAUCUGAAAUAGGCAAUGGUUUGAGCCGCCCCAUCUCACACGUGUCUAGAUACCUUAGAACAUCCUUCUUCAUGUCCAGCCAAUGGAAUCGUUGGACCAGGGCCAUGUAAGUCUUCAUGAAUCCAAACUGGCCGCGAACAUCAUGACUCUAAACCAUGACGUGAGUCUUCAUCUUGCGGUCAUCUGGGUUAAACAAACAUCUUAUCUUCGU